AUGCAGCCUUUAAAGGCCAAGUGUCAGCAUUGUGGCCACAGAAAUGUGGUCUCUCUAGCCUAGGAAUAAUAAUCCAGAACUAACAGUAGAUAGGUAGUCAAACUUGGUGAGCAAAAUACCACUUUACUAAUGUGUCACAACAUACUGGUUUCCUCAAACUUGGUCUCCACACAAAUCCAACCAGCAAAAGGUCGAAAUAAUUGAAAAAGAUAAGAACAAACUACCUUCUUUUCCAAACAAAAUUUUCUUUCUUGUUAAACCUAUUGGAUCCUAACCUUAUAUAUCAAGUGCCUAGUGAGUCUGGAUAGAUAAGUUUUAGGCCAGAAUUUCAAGUUACAAUGAAGAAAAUACAUGCUCUAGUUUUGCCAUUUCCAGCUCAAGGUCAUGUCAUACCUCUCAUGAAGCUGUCAAAUCAAUUAUCGGAACAUGGCUUCAAAAUCACAUUCGUCAAUACAGAAUACAAUCAUGAAAAAGUUGUAGCUUCCUUGCCGAAAGAAAGUAACAGCAAAGAGAAUAACAUUCAUCUAGUUUCCAUUCCAGAUGGGAGGGAACCAGGAGCAAACCGAACAGAUUUUGCUAAAGUUUUUGAUUCUAUCUUAAGUUCAAUGCCAAGAUAUCUAGAGGUGUUAAUAAGAGAAAUAAAUGAGUCAAGUGAUGAUAGGAUUACCUGUGUCAUAGCCGAUGAGCAUAUGGGUUGGGCUGUAAGAGUUGCAAAGAAGAUGAAAAUCCCAGUUGCAGGAUUUUGGACUGCUGCUGCAGGGCUCAGGACCGUACACCUACACCUUGAGCAGAUGAUUGAAACAAAAAUACUAAACUCUGAUGUUUCCCUUGCAGGACUUCCAACUAAACAGCAAAUGAUCCAUUUAUCUCCUGAAAUGCCUGCUAUGAAUACAGACCACUUCGCAUGGAAUUGUACCGGUGACAGUAUUGUUCAACAAAGCAUGUUUAGAUAUAUUUCAUCAAAUGCUCGAGAUAUAAAAGACGCUGAUUGGUAUCUUAUUAAUUCAGUUUAUAAGGUAGAAAAAUCAACUUAUCCAUUGAACACGAACCUCCUUCCUGUUGGUCCACUCCUUGCUGCUGAACAAACACAGCUCAGAGGGAACUUCUUGGCUGAGGACUCAACUUGUCUGAGUUGGCUCGAUCAACAACCUGCUCAGUCCGUCAUUUAUCUUGCCUUCGGAAGCACCACAAUUUUCGAUAAGCACCAAUUUCAUGAACUAGCACUGGGACUUGAACUUACAGGUCAACCAUUCUUGUGGGUUGUACGCCCUAGCCUCAUUGACAAACAAAAUGAUGCUUGUCCAGAUGGUUUUCAAGCAAGAGUCGCAAACAAAUCCCGGAUAGUGGGGUGGGCACCUCAGCAGAAAGUGUUGGCACAUCCAUCAAUAGCAUGCUUUGUAACCCAUUGUGGAUGGAACUCGACUAUGGAGGGAGUAGCUAUGGGAGUUCCAUUCCUUUGCCGGGCUUACUUUUGUGAUCAGUUUCUUAACCAGAGUUACAUUUGUGAUGUCUGGAAGGUUGGCUUGCAGUUAAACAAAAUUGAUGGUGGAAUCAUAUCAAAGGAGGAAUUUAUCAGCAAGGUCAAGGCCUUACUUAUUGAUAAAAUGAUAAGAGCAAGAGCUUUAGAGUUCAAAGAAAUAUCAAAGAAGAGUGUUAGUGAAGGAGGCUCUUCCAGGAUUAAUCUCAGUAAUUUCAUCGAAUCGGUGAAGAGCAAGUGGCAGAACUGAAACCAAAGCAGGUCGAUAUAACCUAAGACAAUGAAAUGAUGUAAACCAGUUCACAUUGUAGCCUGUUUUAUAUGCUAAAAACAGACAAUAAAAUCAGUCCAAACUGCUGCUAAAACUCUAAACGAACUGUCAGCUUCAAAUUUAGGCAAGCUGGAUCCAGUAAGAAAACUGAGUCAGCUUAUAAGUAUGCAUGUUUAAAAUUAAAUAAAAUCAUUGAGUCCUAGGGAAUUGGAUAUAGUCUACUUCUUGGACUAGCAUGUUUUACUCUCCGAGAACAUUUCAUGUGCUUUUCUUAUCUUGAAAUUGUUAUAUUUGUGCCUUGUUAUUUAUCCCUACGCAGGCUGCACUCAUAGAAUUGUUCCCCAAGAGUUAAAUUUAUGAGCAGCAUGUCUAUCUAUUUGGAUUUCACCACACAGUAUGUUAUUCAAUAUAGCCGAAAGAUAGUUAACCUAAGAGUUAAUUGUCCUACUCAUUCUAGAAAGCACUAGAAAUCCAUUUCCUGG